CAGCUGCUUUGUGGCGCCGCCGACCCAUCUCGGAGCGCGCUUGAUUGCCUCGCUGAUGCCCCUGAUGCGCACCAGCACGAGCAGCGGCCGUGGGCGUCGCGACCUGCUGCCUGCAACCUUGCCAGCCUGUUGCACUCCCCGUCUGUUCCUAUCGCACGAAGCCCCCGUCUCCUGCGCCUGCUGCACUCCCCGUCUGCUCCCCCAGCACGAAGCCCCCCUCGUCAGUGGAGAGCCCCGUCUCCACCCUCCCCACUCCACAAUCCUUUCGUGCCAUGUCGCCGCGCCAGCCUUUGCUUUCCCUGCUUCCCGUCUUCGCCUACAGCUACCACGACAGCCACCACGACAGCCACCACGACAGCCACACCUGACAACACUACAUAAUGACACCAGCACAGUGUGAAACCUGCAGCGGUGUGGUAAGUCUCAUCCCUCCAGCGUUCUCUUCUCCCGACCAGCCGCGCUAAAUCACCCAUCCGUUCUCUCUGAUCUCCUCCUCCCUGCCAUCCACGCAUGUCCAACCCAGCCUUCCCAAUCCAUCACCAGUCCAAAUGCACCCCUCAAUCUCGCCGUCAUUUUCGGUGUCAUCGGCGCCUUGGCUGCCACUGCCGUUCUCGUCUUCAUCUCUGUCCCGUCCCUCCGCCGAUGCACUCGAUCAUCAUCCAACCGCAGCCCCGCCAUUCAUCCGUCCCCACGUCUGACAGAUCUCGAAAAGGCCCGUCGCCCCUCCUCCCUUGGGGCCACCACCCGCCGCAAGAGCUCGCUGAUGUCUUACAUCUCUCGCUGGAGACGCGGCUUGGGCGACUUGGGCUCCCGCAGGACCCAGAGGAGCACCUCCUCCUACGAUCCUCUCCCCGAGGGACGAACAGACGACGAUCUGCACGCCCAUCACGAGAAGCAGCAGGAACGCAAGGCCAAGGCGCAUCCUGCACUUCUCCCUCUCCCUCCAGCCCUAUCAACCUUCACAUGGUCAGACCUCCGCUCAAAUAACACCAGCGCCGAUUCAUCCGCAGGCGCCACCUCAGACGACGACGGCCUCGACACUGCCGACACCUACAGCUUCCCGACCGACGCCGCCACCCUCUCGCACACCACGAGCCACAGAUCCAACAGCUCUCGGCCCUCGGGAGCCAAACCAGAGCCGAGAACAUUCGGAGUCGCCGGCCCAUCAGCUGCAGGCCGUGCACUGCCCCCCGCAUCAACCGCUGUCAAUUCCCGGACGCAGGCACCCAGAGACCCACACACGAAACGCAGCCUCACGCCGCCUGGCCUCAGCUCAAAAGCAUCCUCUGUCGCGCCAGGUUCGUAUCCCGAUUACAUUCAUCCAGACGUCCUCUUUGCAGACCCUGGUGGCGACAAAGCCCUCGCUGCCGAUCCCCACCCCCGGGUGUCCCUCCCACACGCAGCAUCUGCAACCUACUCGGACAACCCUGGCAUCGACAUGGAUCCCAUGAAGCCUCCGCCCGCCAACCCCCCGCACCCACAGACCAAGUCGUCCCUCUCGCGCUCCCUCUCGCGCCCGGGCUCGCUCCAGCUGCCCUCCCCACCCGACUCUCCGCCGCUGCCCGCGGGCCUGCCACCAUCAUCAUCGUCCUCCUCCCACCGUUCACACACCCACAGGCGCCCGCCAUCCCACGUCCCAUCGCUGUCCAUCGGCGUCAGCGGCAGCGGCAGCACCGGCACACGCCCGCCCCUGGGCUCGACGCGCUCCGCGCCGAUCAGCGCCACCCUUCCAUUCCGCCCGCCGCCCACGUCAGGCUCCCGUUCGGCGACGUCCGCGUCCGCGUGGUGGAGCAGCACGGCAUCGCCGGCCCGCCCCUCGACGCUGUCCCCGCCGCACUCGCCGCCGCGUGCGUCCCUCCAGCAACAACAACAACAACAGCACGCCGCGUCGGCGGGCUCGCGUGCGUCCUCUCCCCCGCUCCUCACGCAGGCGUUCCGCGCGCCCCUGCAGCGCUCGCCGUCGCAGUCUACCACCACCACCACCACCACCACCACCAGCAACACGACGCACACGCCCCUAACAGCGUCGCCGGCCCCGAUGGACGAGGGCGGCAGCAGCAGUCGUAGCAGACACCGCUCGACGAUCGUGACAGGCAGCAGCAGCAGCACCGCUGGCGAACGGCCGUCGCGCACCCCGCUCGGCGCGCGCCCGCGUCCGGGACCUGUCGAGCUUCUACGCGCCUCUGCGGUCCCCUCCGCGUCGUCCGUGUCGGCGGCAGCGGCGGCGACACCCGGGGACGGCUAUAACAGGCGGCACGACGGGGACAAUGACAAUGACGACGACGAGGAUGGCGCGCGCCGUCGCGCGCACGCCCGCCGCGCGUCGCUCGCGCUCCCGCAGACGACGCCCCCUGCCGUCGACAAGAGCCGGCUCCGCCGCGAGAAGGGUCAGAGCGUCGCGGUGGUCGCCGCAUCCCCUGCGUACUUUGAACACGCGUCUGCGAGCGGCAGCGGCAGCAGCGCGCCGCACGCCGCCGCUGCACCACCACCUGUGGACCGGGCGAGCGAACACCUCGCGCCGCCGCCGCCGUCGGCGUCGUCGACCUCGCUGGCACCGCGCCCGUCUGCGACGCGCAGGCAUUCGGUCGCGGUACAGCCGCAGCAGCACCAACAGCACCAACAACAUCAGCAGCAGUACC